CCUCCUCUCCCUCCUUCCUCCCGCAGCCGCCCCUGCCCGGCGCGGCGGCGCUCCCAGGCUCCCCCGGGCUUCUCGGCAUGAGGAGGAUCAGGGCCAAUGCCAUCGCCAUCCUGACCGUCGCCUGGAUCCUGGGCACUUUCUACUACUUAUGGCAGGACACGAAGCCGCGGGCGGCGGCGGGCGGGCGGCCCGCGGGCAGCGGCGGCGUGCGGCGGGCGGGCGGCGGGACGGAGCCGCGGGAGGAACGGACCGGCCCCGGCAGCAUGACAAAGGCUCCCCAGGGAGAGAAGAGCAGCCGGAAGGGGUUUGAUGAGAAGAGUUACUUGUCCUCCAAGCUGCUGAAGGCUGGAGAAGAUCCCUACCGCCAGCACGCCUUCAAUCAGCUGGAGAGCGACAAGCUCAGCAGCGACCGGCCCAUCCGCGACACCAGGCACUACAGGUGCACUUCUGUACACUAUGACACAGACUUGCCAGCUACCAGCCUCAUCAUCACCUUCCACAAUGAGGCCCGCUCUACCCUGCUGCGCACCGUCAAGAGUGUCCUGAACCGUACCCCUCCCAGCCUCAUCCAGGAGAUCAUUUUGGUAGAUGACUUCAGCUCCGAUCCUGAGGACUGUCAGCUCCUUACCAGGAUCCCCAAGGUCAAGUGUCUGCGAAACGCCCGGCGAGAAGGGCUGAUCCGCUCCCGGGUGCGGGGCGCUGACGUGGCUGUGGCUGACAUCCUCACCUUCCUGGACAGCCACUGUGAGGUCAACAGCGAGUGGCUGCAGCCCAUGCUGCAGAGAGUGAAAGAGGAUUAUACCCGUGUGGUGAGUCCAAUCAUUGAUGUUAUCAGCCUGGAUAAUUUUGCCUACUUAGCAGCAUCAGCAGAUCUGAGGGGAGGGUUUGACUGGAGCCUUCACUUCAAGUGGGAGCAGAUUCCUAUAGAGCAGAAGAUGUCCAGAACAGACCCAACUCAGUCCAUCAGAACCCCUGUCAUAGCAGGAGGCAUCUUUGUGAUCGACAAGUCCUGGUUUAACCACCUGGGGAAGUAUGACACUCAAAUGGACAUCUGGGGAGGAGAAAACUUCGAGCUCUCGUUCCGCGCGUGGAUGUGCGGCGGCAGCCUGGAGAUCGUCCCCUGCAGCCGCGUGGGACACGUCUUCAGGAAGCGCCAUCCCUACGACUUCCCCGAGGGCAACGCGCUCACCUACAUCAGGAACACCAAGCGCACAGCAGAGGUGUGGAUGGAUGAGUACAAGCAGUACUACUAUGAGGCCCGGCCCUCUGCCAUUGGGAAGUCGUUUGGAAGCAUUGCAGAGCGAGUGGAGCAGCGGCGCAAACUGAACUGCAAAUCCUUCCAGUGGUAUCUGCAGAACGUCUACCCUGAGCUCAAGAUUCCUGAAAAAGAGUUCAUCCCAGGAAUAAUUAAACAAGGAGAGAGCUGCCUGGAGUCUUGGGCACAGGAUUCCACAGGGAAUACAUUGGCUGGCGUGGGGACCUGCAAAGGGACAGUGAACAAUCCACCUGUCACUCAGGAGUGGGUAUACAGUGACCGGUCAAUUAGACAGCAGGACAAGUGUCUUUCCUUUACCUCCUUCUCUGCUGGUGCUCAGACCACACUGGAAGCCUGCAAUCAAAAAGAUGGCAGACAGAAGUGGAAGAUGAAAGGUGGCCUCAUUCAACACUUUGUCAGCGGUCUCUGCCUGGAGAACCAGAGUGGGAGAGUGGUGACCAGCCCUUGCCAAGCAGGUUCACCUGCCCAACAGUGGGAGCUGCUGCAAGCAACAUGAUGGUAGCACAGAGAUCUCCUCCUUUCUUUGUGCAUGAGACUCUGGGAACAGAGGGGGAUGGGAAGGGAAGAUGGGUUUGUGUGUUUGACCUUCAGUGUUUUCAUUGUGCCCAUCAGCAAGGCCCCAUUCCAGCUGAGGUUUUUAGGGAAGCAGCUGGGGGUCAGAGAGUGAGGAGUUGUUGAAAUCUUCUCAUCUGUUGUCUCAAGUUCUCUGUUGUAGCUCCUGUCCAUGCACAGCUGUACCAGAGAGGGGGGGAGGACCCAGCCCAGCACUGAGUGACCUUGCAGCUCUCCCCAUCUGUUCCUUUCUCUGCAUCCAGAACCCUGGAUUGCUCAGGCGAUGCUUGUACAAACACUGGUAGCUCUUUGGCUUCCCUGGCUUUUUGUUCUGACAUUGGGCAUCAUUUAUGCUGCUGCUUCUGUCAGAGAGCACUGGCCAAGGAGAAGAGUCAUCACAAUGAGUGGAGGGGCUGGGAAGGAAGGAGCAGACCCUGGGGCAGGUUUGGGACCUCUUGCUGGUGGGCCUGAUUCUUUCUCUGCCUGCAGCAGCUGCCCUGCAGCCAGAUGGCCUGAGGUUGGCACAGUGCUGACAAGAGAGCUGGAAAAGGGACAGUGUGUUUUAGCAGCACAACCAGGGCUUGUUUUGGGGACUACUCCCUGUUGAAUUCUUGCUUCUAGUUUUGUAGGGGUGGAAGGUCAGCCUUGCCUCCAUGGGUGCUGCAGCCCAGCUGGACCUGGCAUCUGGGUACCACAGUCCUGCAGAGCAGAGCUGCUUGGAGGCAGGUGCUGCUGCUUUGGGAUGCUGGGGAAGCUGGGACCAUUCUCUGGCUCCAGUUCCUGGUGCUCCCAGCCACUGGCAGCUGCAGGAGGCAGCCCCUCAGUCAUCACAGGCUUCCUGCUGCUGGCUGAGCAGGAGCACAGUCCCUGUGCUGGCUCUGCAGCUCUGUGUGGCCCUAGUGACCAACAGCCCAGUGUGAGGAGCCACCCAGCCCCUCUGCCCAGUUGCUUUCUCUCUGUAUCACUACAAGGAGGUGGAAAAGCCACUUUGGAUGCCCAGCUCUCCUCUCUGUGAGCACCCUGAGGAGGUGAGGUGGUGAAGCUGAAACUGCCCCUGCCCAACCACUGCCACAGCACAGGGAGAUCUCUCCUUUGUGUUCUGGAAAUACCAAAUCCAACUGGUGUCUGCAGCCACCAUCCCAGUCCUGCUGCAGGUACCAGUCAGCUGUGGCUCGAGUGUGGGUUUUCAGACCUGCCAGGAGGAGCUUACCUAUUCAACUACAACCUCCUCUUUUGCUAUUAGAUGGGUUAAAUUUUCCUCUUGGAGCUAGGUUUUGCAAACCAGCCCUCCUCCCCAAGAGCCUGGCGGGGGAACCAGAUGAUGGGCCCAGCCUGGGUAGGCAGUGGCUUGCCUGGAUCCUUUGUGAUCUGGUGUAGAAGGAACAGGCUGUUCAUUUGGGUUCUGAACAGCUGGCUGCCUUUGGUCAUGUUUGUAUCCUUUUUUCAUUCUUUCUCCCAGCUUGUACUAGCUGGAGGAGCUGACAAAAGAACAGAACAGCUCUUUGUAGGUUGCACGUGCUCAGAAGUGCUUGUGUGAGAAAUGGGGGGUUUUGCUGUUCUCAGUUCUUUUACUUAAGAGAAAUGAAAUCAGUCAGGUGGCUGCAGCUCUUUUCCUCUUCCCCCCUUCACCACCUCGGCACUGAUUAACCAGAGGAACAGCCUGCCUGUGCCAUGAAAACUCAGGAGCAGUUCCCUUUGGUGCCCAGCUUACGGCACAGUGCAGCCACACUCCGUGUGGGGACAGGGACGCUGGCUCUGCAGAGGCUCCUCUUUCCCUGUGUGCUUUGGGCCUGAACUUCUGAGGCCAGGAGCCUGCAGAGAAGGAAAGAAAACAGGCAUGGAAGGAGGGCAGGGCAGGCACUCGUGACAGGGAGAGAUGCCAUCCCACUAGCAAUUGCUUUUAAAGAGGAGUGCAGGAGAUGCUGCCAACAGAACAGCUCCAUUAGCUGCAGCAGUCAAGUGCUCACACACCUGCCUUGGGAAACAUCAUGCAAAGACAGGGGAAGGGCCAGUGGGCAGGUGCAGUACAUAAGCCCUGUAUGCAAGGGAGUGCUAAAGGAUCAGGUAUUCUCAUCAAGAGGGCCAUCUGAGCUUCUCCCAUUUCACUGGCCAGCAGCUUAAGGGUCCCAGCUAACAGCAUGUUCACUCCUCCCCAGGUCCCGCUUCCUCCUCCUUGCUCCCACUCUGUGUGCAGCUUUCUUGCAGCUCUUUCUUCAUAACCCUACCGGGACUAGGACCCAGCUCCUCUACAAAUGAUUCUCCUGACUGCUGCAGACCACAGAAGCUCUUGCUUCUAUAGAGUCUCCAAGCUCUGGGCCAGCCCUGGUUCAAAGGGCUCUGGUCAGCACGCUGGCCACUGCCCUCGCCUUUGGGCUCGGCUGCAGGGUUGGAGGCUGCUGAGGUACCUGGACUAGCUGUGUUGGUUUGUGCCUCUCUUCCUGCUGCUCAGUACCUGGCAGAGCUCUGUGAACUGGCAUCCAGCUGGGGCAGCUGAAGGUCAGACACUCUCCUUCUUCAGGUGCCCUGGCCUGGGGGAGAAAAGGGAAAGGUGGGCAGAUGCCCCAGUGUAAACUGCCCCUGGCGUUGGGGGCUACCAGAGCCCUAACUACCUGCUCCUGGAUGCGUUCUCCUGGGGUCACCUCCCCACUGCUUACUCUGCUGUCAGCUACAGCACUGCUCACAGUGCAGACCUCCUCCCACGUCAGCUUCUGGAAGCCAGUGGUCUCCAGUGGAUUUUAGCAGUUGCUGAAGAGGUGCAUUACAAAAAGCUGCUUUCAAGCAUGAGCAAACUGAACUUCUCCUCAGAGUGAACAAAGCCUUGUCCAGACUCAUCAUUACCACCCCUCCUGUCUCCCUUGUGCUGAAGGGAAGGAGGAAUGAAGUUACCAGUGCUUUUCCCCCAAGGUCCACACAGUGCCAUGGUUUGGAACAGGACUCUCCUGGUUCUGAAAGCAAACGGACUGACCCCUUGAACUUGCCCCAGGGGUUUGUUUCUUUAAGUCAGAACAAGCAGCUGCUCGUCCUUGUUCUCCUGUUCACUUUAAGCAGCCCCCUAGACUGUGGGGACAGAGCAUGUGCAUUGGUGACAGCUUUUAGGAGAGCUGUCGUUGCAGCAGUGUGAGCCCAUGGGGGUUAUUGAAGAGGAGCUGAAACUGCUGUCAUACAGAAAUCGAUUUCAAGAGGUUUAUUUCCCCACUCACUUGUAAGUUGCUCUUUGCCAGAUGUAAUUUAUGUGGAACCCAGAUCUGUUUUCCUGAAGAAAGCAUGUGCCAGAAUCUGU